AUGAGACAUGUGACUAAAGGAAGAUGCCUCUGUGAGAAAUUUUCCCAAUACGCAAAACUGAAUAGCUGCGAAAAAAAAGGAACAUGUGACAUUCGAGAUUUCCUUGGAAUAUACAUGGGGGUGGAGGAUGUCCGACUCCUGAAAGAUGCUGCCGACACAUACGUGGAAUUGCAUUACCCUGAAGCGUAUACAAGCGUGUAUUCACUACCGGAUGGAUAUAUAUUGAGUGAUGAGUCGGCAAAGAAGCUCGAGAACACGGCUCGCAGGAAUAAGACAGAUGUAAUCUUCCCAUCGGAAGAACUUGCCGUUGCCAAAGUAUUCCAUUGUCUCCAAUUUGAGCUGAAAAACACUCCGUCUUUGACAGUGGCUGGAUAUGAAUCUCGACAUACAUUUUGGGAGUGCAUUCUUCAAUGGCAUGAGGCAACAUAUGAAAAAAAUAGCUCUUUACAGGAAAAUGGUAAUGUUCAACAGGUGAACGAACGCUCUCAACAGGGAAAAAAAGAGGAAAGUCUCAAGAAAAAACAAAAGGGGAAAUCUCGAGAGAUCAAGAAAUUGGGAGUGCCUGAGUGUCUCGAAAGCGGUGAUCACGAUGUCUUAGGCGUUGGAAUAUCUGGCGAGGACAUCCUUGUGUUGUUUUUCCAAGUGAAGAGCUGUCCAAUCGAGAAAUUCACAACAGUGAACGGGAACCUUAAUAUUGCUUGGCAGCAGAUAGAAACGGAUUUACAGCGCUUUUGCCACACUGAUGAAAGUAUUUCUUGGGAUUCCAAUGAUCCAGAAAGCUUUAAGAAAUUCUUAGAGGAACGAGGAAUCGAGUUGGAAGAGUAUUGGGAACCAAAUAAUCCAGAAAGUUUCAAGACAUUCUUUAAGAAGCACGGACUUGAGAUAGAUGAUUCUUGGGAUUUCAAUGAUGACCAGAUCUUCAAAGCAUUUUUUCAGCAACUCAAGAAAGACUUGGAGCAGCCAUGGGGCCCAAAGAAGACUUACCAUCCCAAUAAACCCGAAAGCUUCCAGACAUUUUUGGAUAAACAUAAAAUGAAGUUGACGUAUUGGCGCCGGGAUCCCAAAUCCCCUGUCAUUAAGACUUUUAAGAGCAUAUUUGAUCUCUAUGUUUGUGCUUCAUCAGCCAUGGACAUCCCAAGAAAACUGAAAAAAUUCCCUCGCAACAAAAAUGAAUUAUUAUCAAAAAGUAAGAAACAAAUGGAAAAUAUGCGCCUGCUGCUGCUGAGCAAACGUCAGCAUAAGUUGGCCAAAAGUGAAGAGAAAUUCAUUUUCAUAUGUGGUGGAUCGGGGACUGGCAAAACAUUGGUCCUCGUGAAACGAGCCUUGGACUUCGUGCAGAAUUGUAACCACUAUAUAUUGGUAGUCAACGUUGCUGGAGGAAGUCUGACAGACGAAUUUGAACGCGAAUUUGAAGGUAAGGAGCGGAUAAAAGUCAUCAGUGGAAAAGAAAAAGACUGGAAAAAUGACUUUGACAAUUUUUUGAAAUACCUCCAGGAAGAGGGUGCAACAGAUGGAAUAAAAAAACGGGUCCUUCUUGACGAAGUUCCCAUCACACUAGGAUUCAAGGAACACCUCAAUCCAGAAAAUCUUUCCACUCAUUGGGAAAAAAUAACCAAUUUGAAUGGCUUUGAGUCCAUCACCAUCAUCUUCAGGACCUAUGACAAUACAUACUCGAGAGACUUCAGGCUUACAGAUGUUAAACCUGGGGGUGUCGAGCUUGAAGUUCUUGACCUUGAUGAUGAUGCGAAGAAGGACAAUCUCGUGAGAAUUCUCACAUCUCUUUAUGAAAAUAUUCCCAUCGUUUACCUGAAGAAUGUGCCAAAAAAUGCGAAAAACGGGAUGAACUCUGAAUUAAAAACGGGAUUCACUUGUUCUAUUGAAAGCAAUGAGGCCCAUAUCAUUGUUCUUACAGAGAGUGAAAUGAUUGGUUGUCAUCACGAUAGUAUCACUGUGAUCGUGGACAUUCCUCGGUGUAAGUGGGUGAAUUACAUUCGUCUGAUAGCAGGCGUGGAGAACAAAAUAAAUCUUGUAAUUGAGGAAGAGGAGUUUGAUACAGGAAAAUUCUCCACUUUUGUGAAGGUGAAUCCUCAAUGGACGAAUAAGGAAACAGAUAAGAUAAGUAAGGAGGUGCUUCUUGAUAACCUGGAAAAGGUGAAGGAGAAUGGAAACCACACGAAGGGCCAUUUCCAGAAAGAUUUUCCGACGGAGUUCAUCAAGAGUAUGAUGUAUCGGGAUGGUAAUGAGGCAGAGAAAAAGGAAGAAAUGAAUGCGAUUCGUAAAAAUUACCUGAUUGCGAUAUUUGGAGGUCCGAAUUCGGGGAAAUCGAGGAAAGUCCACAGAUUGAUGAAGAAAGUGGUCGAGCAUCAGGGGCAAGUCGUCCUUUUCCAUUGUGGAGGCGUAUUAUCUCAGGAGCUCUGCAAACUAAGCUGGAGAGAAAAAGAAGAAUAUGUCAAAGUUGUUGGGAUUGAUUCCAAUGAUUCUCAAGAGAGAUUCAAAUCUCUGCAGGACAUUAUCGAUUAUGCAGAAAGUAUGAACGAAGGCGAACUGGAUGACGAAGGGGAACAUCGCAAGCAAGAAGUCCUGCAUAUGAAAGGAAAUUCGAUAGAAGCCCCGAUGGAAGAUGAGGAGGAGCAGAGAGAUGAAGAGGAACCGAAAGAUGAAGGGAAAAUGGUUGAGAAGCAGAGGAACGAGGAGCAAAUGGACGAAAAGCACAAGGAGGAGGAAAAAAAGGUUGAGGCGGAACAUGCAGUGGAUAAAGAAGACAUUUGCAUCCUGGAGAGAUCCUGGGGUUACCCCAGGCUGAACGGGGAACGAAGUUCGCGGGACAGAGGGGUUCACCCAUUCCUUUUUGGCUUCGGGAUGGAUGAGACAUCAAGCAAGGCAGGGUCUAGGUUCCGCGGGGCUGUUGAUGAUUCCAAGAUGAAGUGUGACGAGCUUUCUCAAACAAGCUGCACUCUCUGCAAAGAGAAUUCAGACCUCAGUCGUCUGCAAAGUUAUGAAAGGAGAGGGAACCUGGACAUUCAGAAACACAAAAUAAUCAAUAUGGGAGGAGAUGAAAUGAACAAGCCACAAGCCACAGAAGAAUAUGUGAAAAAAUUAUAUCCUGAAGCCUACACUAAGGCCUACUCCUUACCCGAUGAAUACAUCUUGAAUGAACGGACUUUCCAUCGCCUGAUGAAUAUGGCCUCCACAAAUGAUGGAGGCAUAGAAAUGCCAUCAGGUCAUUUGGCCAUAGCUAUGGUGUUCAACAAACUCAAAGACGCAUUCAGAGACGCGCCCUCCCUCACUGUCGUUGACUAUGACUUCAGUCGCUCAUUUUUCAGGGAUGGUAGGCAAGAAAAGAAGAAAUUCUCUGAGAACUUCAGAGCUCCUGAAGAUCUAGCAACUGCUUGGAAUCUCCCGCGCAAUCCCACUGAGUUGUUCACAAUGUGCAAGAAACAAAUGUCCCAGCUCAGGAAGAUUCGCACUCCUCAACAGAGGCAACUAGUGAUGAGUGAAGAACAGUUCAUCUUCAUAGGGGGGGGCAAUGGGACUGGAAAAACGGAGAUCCUCAUGGAUAGAGCCUUGAAAUGGGCAAAUACAGGAGGACGUCAAACAAAGGAAAUUCGACAGAGGAUACAUGAGCGUAUCAUGGGAGGCGAAGCGGUGCAGGAGGCUGUUUGCGAGUGGGUUCGAUCCCAGCCCAAGGAAUUUUUUGAACAGGGCAUCCGUCGUCUGGCUUCACAAUGGAAGAAGUGCCUUGCCAACCAUGAUGUCAUGGUAUUGGAUGGCGGGGAAGAAAAUAUCAAAGAAGAGCUAAAGGACUUGUGUAACUUCCUAAAGGAGCGGGGGAAAGGGAAACACGUUUUCCUGGACGAAAUCCCCAUUACUUUCGGCUUUCGAGGUUGCCAAGAUGAAGCGAAUCUAUCUAAGCACUGGGAAGGGAUAAUCAGCAACCUGAAGCAGCAUGUCAAGACCCUCACCCUCGCAUUUCGUCCCCAUGAUUCCUCCUACACACGUGUCAUUGACCUGCGAGGCAUACAGAUUCCAAAUGUCCAUGUCUUGUGUGCCGUCCAAGGCAAAACACGCAAUGUGGUGAACUUGGUGAUGGCUCUUGAGAGUUAUUCACGCAGAAAGUUCUUUUGCGAUCAACCCAGUCUUAAGGACAUGGAUUUCGGCCAACCUAAGAAAGAGGUUCUGCCCAAAUUGCAUGUCAUCCUUACAUGUCAUGAUUUCCAUGAUGUAUGCCAGUUUCAAGCGUCCUGUGAAGUUGUGAGAUCUUCACAUGCCAUUUUCUCGUUGGUGCAGGAUCAUUCAGGGAAGUCAGAAAAGCCUAUUUAUGCAGUAGUGGACAGUAUGGAGCGCCGAAACCGUUUCGUGAAUAUCCUUUCAAGUAUGGACGACACUAGCGUCAUUUUCAUUGACAAGGAUGGAACUUUCAGGAAGACCUCCGGUCUCAAAACCCCCCCCGUGGUGAUUGUGACUGGUGAGCAGUUUCUUGGACAUCAUACAGACAACACCAUCAUCAUUCUGGAUUUGCCUAAAUGCAAGUGGAGUAACUAUACCCGUAUGGUAUCCUCAUGGGAAGAAAAUAUCAUGAUUGUUGGGGAGAAAGAAAGCCUUCAGAAGUAUUGCGAGAUCGAGAUUGGUAACAAACUGCAAGAAGACCCAGAGGGAAAAAAGGAGGAGCUGAGGCAUGAAAUUAGGAAGGCAGAGGAUAUGCAGGAGGCGGAAAUGGUACACCUGGAUGAGAAGUUGUACCAAAGAAGUAUCCUGAGUUACAAAGUUUCGCGUGAUUAUCUCAAAAAGCACCUUAAAGAAGCAGACAUUGUUCGAUCGGAAGAACUGACUUUAGGUCAGAUUAUUAAGCACAAUAUUGUGGAGGAAAUGAAGCAGCGGUAUCGUGACUCCAUCAUCCACGUUCACGUCGACGAUUAUUCAAUCCAUGCUAUGGAGACAAAGGAGGAGAUUCAGAGUUGGACUGAGACCCUAGAAGUCCUGGUGAAGGACCCGAAGAUGACCCUUACCAUUGUUCUCCAGCCCCAUUCGAGAGGCGCUCGGGGCAUCGAUGUAUAUAUGCUGACGUCAAUUUUAAAGAUCCGCUAUGAAGCAACAACAAUAACACUUCCCAUAUCAAAAUGGACUCUUUUCAGAAGUACGAGCCCAACAUUUCUGUCGCACAUUUCCAGGAAUGAAACCAACAUUCCCUUGGGACUUGAGGUAAGGAGCCUCCUCACAGCCUCCCGCCCAGCUGGCCUUGUUCAUGGACCUAAACCGAAGUACAUUAAAUAUAAAUGUACCCGGAGUCACAUGGGAAUGUUGUGCAAGGAUCAGGAACUAUGUGAACGUGUUCUGGGUGUACACGUUUGUUUCCACUCCGUCUUGAAGCAAAACAUGAGUGGAGACAUCGUGUACGUCUUUGUAUCAGACAACACACUUAUGGCGACUCUGGAAGAAAACACUCCUGACCAUGCCAGAAAAGUGCUGACGUUUUCCCACCCAGAAAAAUGUCGAGGAUCUACAGCCGAUAUCAUCGUUACAGUGAAUGUGGAAGACAUUUGGCUGCUAGAAAGCAUCUCCAGAGCGACAACCCAAAUUUUCAUCAUUGACACCUUACCAAGUCAUCAACAGAUGUGGAAUGAGAUGCAAGAAGAGGGACAUUUGGAGGUCAAGGUAGCGACAACCGACGAUAACGAUAUGGAAAAAGACGCUCUCUUAAGUCUGGUUGAAGAAAUGGAGGUUCUUCAGGAGUUUGGAAGAGUGAAGCAAGAGGUUCAUCUGGCUCAGAAAAUGAAGGAGCUUUGUGAAUCACAAGAUGGAUACAUAUAUGAACUACAGUCAAAGAAAACGAAGGGGGACUUUCAGAAUCGCGUGCAAAAACAGGAGAUCGGCAACAGAAGACCUGAGGACGGAGUAGGAAAGGUUCUCAUGCUCGUCGGAGCCACAGGGGCAGGAAAGAGUACCCUCAUCCAUGGAUUCGCGAAUUACGCCUAUGGAGUGAAUUGGACCGACGAUUUCCGCUUCAAACUGGCUGUUGACGAGGAAAAAACAGUGAAGUCUGAAGCCCAUAGUCAGACCAAGUGGAUCUCAGCAUAUGUUCUAACUAAGCAGCAAGGAAUGGCUUUUCCCUACACCUUGACAGUCAUUGACACUCCAGGAUUUGGCGAUACUGAAGGAAUAAAAAAAGAUGAUGAGGUGAAGAAUCAGAUCCGGGAGUUCUUCUCUCAUGACGGACACUUGGGAGUUGACCAACUUGAUGGAAUUGGCUUCGUAGUCCAAUCCUCCCAAGCCAGGCUCACGCUCUCACAAAAGUACGUGUUUGAUUGUGUACUGUCAAUGUUUGGAAUCGAUGUGAAAGACAACAUUUUCCUGCUGGCAACUUUUGCGGAUAACCAGACGCCACCAGUGAUGAGCGCCGUAAAAGAAGCAAACAUUCCAUGCCGAAAGAUGUUCAAAUUUAACAAUUCCGCUUUAUUUGCUCAAAACAAAGAAGACGAAUUUGGUAAAGCAUAUUGGAAAAUGGGAAGUAAAAGCUUCAAAGAAUUCUUUCUGGAAUUUGAAAGUACCAAUGCAGUGAGCCUGACGUUAACGAAGGAAGUUUUGAUUGAGCGGCGCGCCUUGGAGGAAACUCUCCAGAGCAUAAAGUCUCAAUUAGAUGCAGCUCUGGAUCGAUUGGAAUUAUUGAGGGAAGCUCAUGCAGCAGUGAGACAUCACGGAGGGCAGGAGUCGCAAGUAUAUGCAAGCUCGGUCUCUUCAGAGGAAGAGGAAGAAGAGGAAGACAAUUCCAGAGCCAGAUGUUCCCAUCCAAAUCGUACGAUCCAUUCGUACGAUGAACAUGUUCUUAAAAAACUAACGAAAGGCUUCAAUCAAAAUAGAGAAUUAGUUUUACAACUAACAAAGCAAGCGCAUGCACGCAAGCAGAGGCUUGAUGAAAUAGCUUUGAAGCUCGACCCUUUGGAAUUCACAGAAUACAUCGAUAUAUUGAUAUCUAAUGAGAAAUAUGACAAUCAACCUGGCAGCAGCCAGAGGAUCAAGUAUCUUCAUGCAGCACGCGAGAAAGCGGAAUUUGCGACAGAACUUCUUCAGAGCAUCAACCCAUCCGAUGUGCUUGAUGAACUGGAUAUUGUUUACUGUCUAGUACCUAUCAACGUGAGGAGGUCAACACUAAACGACGUCAACGGCGGGCAGUCAUGUCUCAGGAACAAAAUGAGGAAGCCAAUGUUCAACGAAGUCAACUGCGGACUGCUAUGCCUCAAGAACAGCUUCAAGAAGCAAUUACCCGACGACGUCAACAAGAACGUGACGUACGAACUGCCAUACCCCAAGAAUAGCGUGAAGAGGCUGACGCCUUUGGGCGUCAACGACGCGCGCUCAGCCUCUCCAUAA